AUGGAAGUCCCGCAACCAACCCAGUACGAGGGCUACGAGGACCAGCAAGAAAACUACCAGGAAGAUGAGUACUUCUCUGGCCGGACUCUCUGUGAUCUUAGGACCGCCCUCAUUGUGCUGGCGCGCUAUGCUAUCUAUGGAGCGUUCACGGCCUUUAUUGUACACGUCGUGCCUGUGUACGGUUCUGCGCUUUCGAGCGAUGAAUUACUAGUCAUCGGCGCUGUCGUGGCCGGAGUGAUUCUGAUUG